AUGAAGUUCAACAUCUGCACCGUUGCCCUUUCGGCCAUGGCUCUUGGAGUCACUGCCAUGCCAGCCGACAACCUCAAGGCUGACGGUAUUGCCAUUCGCCGUGCGGGCAAGGGUCUUGUUGGGGACCUGUACCGUCGCGAUGACGACGAUGACGACGACGACGACAAGGACUCUGCUAAGGAAGGCAGCGGCUCUGGCUCUUCCAGUGCCACCAAGACAUCCGGUGGCUCUUCCCCAAGCGCCACUGGCAGCGCUGGCGGCUCCCAGACUACCGGCUCCGGCUCCAGCUCCGGCGGUACCGCGGCUGGCGGCUCCCUCCCCGCGUCUUCCGGAACCUCUGCCCUGUCUGCUGCUCAGACUAUUGCGGCGGGCGAGUCUUUCGAUGGUGGCAUGGUCAUGUUCGACCGUGGUGUCUCCUGCACCGGCCAGUCGGAGGGUGGUGACUCCGACGCUGUUUUCCAAAUCGAGGACGGUGGCAGCAUCUCCAACGUCAUCAUUGGACCUAACCAGAUUGAGGGUAUCCACUGCCAGGGUGCUUGCACUCUCACCAACGUUUGGUGGUCUGCAGUCUGCGAGGACGCUUUCACCGUCAAGAACCAGGAGGCCGGCGAGACCACCAAGAUUAACGGUGGUGGUGCUUUCGGUGCUGACGACAAGGUUAUUCAGCACAACGGAGCUGGUACCAUUGCCAUCUCUGACUUCACUGUUGAGGACUUCGGAAAGCUCUACCGUUCUUGCGGCAACUGCGACUCCAUGUACGAGCGCCACGUGACCAUCGACGGAGUCUCUGCCACCACUGGCGACCUGCUUGCUGGCAUCAACUCCAACUACGGCGACACUGCGACCAUCACCAACACUGUUGCUACCGACGUCAAGGUCAUCUGCGAGAGAUUCGAGGGUAACGAGUCCGGCGAGGAGCCCACCAGCAUUGGCGAGGGUGCCGACGGCACAUCCUGCAUCUACGGCUCGGAUGUAACCACCUCCUAA